AUGGUUUUCAAAUGCCAGGAGGAUAGUUUCCUUCAAGAGUUUAAAACCAAAGUGGUCUUGUGCGAGAAAAGCAAGGGUGGAUACAAUGUGGUCUUCGAAGAUACCGUACUUUUCCCGGAAGGCGGCGGACAACCUUGCGACCAUGGUCAGGUGGGCGACCAAGUAGUAAAAUCGGUGAUACGUAAAGGUCCUCAGGCCGUUCACUUUAUCGAGAGCAACGCAGAAACGGCACCAUUCACAGCAGGGGACGAGGUUCUACAGCGCGUUGACUGGGUGCGCCGCUUCGAUCACAUGACGCAGCAUUCUGGUCAACACUUAAUAACGGCUAUUUUUGAUCGUGAGCUCAAGUAUAACACCAAAUCUUGGUGGCUGGGUAGUGAAAGUUCCUACAUUGAUCUGGACACAAGCGAUGUAACACCAGAACAGCUGGACACGGUUGAGAAAAUAUGCAAUCAACUCAUCGCCGAUUGCACUCCAGUGCGUGUCAAAGUCUACGAGGCUGACGAUCCAGCGCUGAAGUCGAAUGUUACCCGGGCAACCAGAGGGUUACCGGACGAUGUCGCGGGUCCGUUGCGAGUGGUAACCAUCGAGAACGUCGAGAGUAAUAUGUGCUGCGGAACUCACGUUCGUAAUCUUGGCCAACUGCAAGCAAUCAAGCUACUCGGUGUCGACAAGGCGAAAAACAAGUGCCUGGUGCACUUUCUGGUUGGUGGUCGGGUAUUACGAAAACUAACCGAGUGCUACAGCAGAGAAGUUCAAUUGAAUAGUCUGCUAAACGGUGGACCUGCUUCACACAUCGAUCUGGUAAAAAAGCUUCAAUCUACCGUACGUAGCACUCAGCGUAUUACGAAAAAAUUAUCUAAUGAGCUAGCUACGGUAGAAGCAGAAAGGUUGAAUCAAUUACAAGAACCACCUAAAUAUUUCGUGCAACACCGUUGCGAUGGUCCUGAUUCGGAUUUUAUUAAUAUAUUUCUAAGAACGGCAAAGCUACCGGAAUGCUUCGUGUUUCUUAGCAACGGCGAAACGGAUAAUACUGGUAAAGGGCAAAUCGUUUUACAAGGCAAACCGGAGGAUAUCGCUGAGCUCGGACCGAAAAUAUGUACUAUACUCGAAGGGAAAGGCAACGGCAAAGGCACUCGAUUUAACGCAAAGGUAAAUAAACUGAAAAAUUUGCCUCUUUGCGAAAAGCUAGUCAGCGACCAUUUUUCUUUCGUGGGCAACGGUGUGAAUGUUAAAAAAUAAUGAUUGUGUGCCGUUUUUACAGUUAAU